CAGAAAUAUGUUUUUGUAUCUUAAUCAUUCUCGAGGACCGAUUCUUAGGGCUUUUGCUGCUCUGUUUCUUCAAAUCUUGUUUGUACAAUUCACUACGAAGAAGGUUGUUCUAAUGGCGAUUAGAAAGAUAAUUCGAGAUUUACUGAUCACAAAGCAGCCUCUUUUACGUCAACUAUUCCACCAACGAGUUCUGAGAGCAAACGCAAGAUCAGAGUUUCUUCCUGCUAUUGGGUAUACGAGUCAUCGCCGGUUCAGCGUUUUCACCGAGUUCUCGAAGAAUAUUAGAGGAGAAGCUCAUAGCAAUCCUGAAUUUGAAAGAACAGUAAAGGAGCUCAAGGAAAGAACAGAAGAGUUUAAAGGUGUAACAGAGGACCUGAAAGUGAGAACGAAACAAACGACUGAAAAGCUUUACAAGCAAGCUGAUGGUGUGUGGACUGAGGCUGAAUCUGCGGCCAAAAAGGUCUCUUCAAGUGUGAAAGACAAGCUCUCAGCAGCCAGUGAAGAGGUCAAGGAGUCAUUCAAGCUCGGGAAGGAGGAGAAUGCAGAGUCAGCGAGUUCAUCAGGCACAAGAGCCUCUCAAGGAGAAAAACAGCAAUCAGGUUCUACGGAGGAACUACAUACAUUUUUUGCAAAAUUCAAGUCAAGUCUUUCUUCACCAAAGGUAUCCGAGGUGUUUUACAGGCUGAAGGAAGCCAAACCCUUUGAUAUAGUAAAGCAAGCACUUGACAUUGUGAAGGAUGAGUUACGUGGGAACCCAUCUAGAAAAAAGUUCCUGGAACAUACACCUCCCCCGCCAUUCACCGGUGAGAGAAGUAUGAGAACAGAGAUGGUGGUUACGCAAACAAAACAGUCUAAGUUGCAACAAAAGUGGGAAUCCUUUAGAGAAAAGAUGCAAGGUUCUCCUGUAUUUAAACGUCUAAGCGGAAUGAGUGAGCCUGUUGUCAACAAGAGCCAAGAGAUUGCAGAAGAUGUGAGGGAAAUAUGGGAAACCAGUGAUAAUCCAAUUGUUCACAAGAUUCAGGACAUGAAUGAGAAGUUCUUGAAGGAAACAGAUUCUGCAUCAACUUACAAAGAGAUACGCAGCCGAGACCCAUCGUUCUCCUUGCCAGACUUUGCUGCAGAAAUUGAGGAAGUCAUCAAACCAGUCUUGAAUGCAUACAGUGAGGGAGAUGUUGAGACCUUGAAGAAGUAUUGCAGCAAGGAAGUGAUUGAACGGUGCACGGCAGAGCGCACAGCUUACCAAACUCAUGGUGUCCUUUUCGAUAACAAGCUUCUGCAUAUAUCUGAAGUCUCAGUUUCUGUGACAAAGAUGAUGGGAGAUUCCCCAAUAAUCAUCGCUAAGUUCCAAACGCAAGAAAUCUACUGCGUUCGUGACGAGAAUGGAGAAAUCCAAGAAGGUGGGCAGGACACGAUACACACGGUGUACCAUGAAUGGGCAAUGCAACAAGUGGAGACAACAGAAUUAGGGGAAGAUGCUAUUUAUCCCAUUUGGAGGCUCAGAGAGAUGUGUAGAAAUGGUGUUCAAGCUCUCAUUUAA